AUGAAUGACGAGCCCUUUCACGGAUUUUCACCUGCGUUUUGGCUUUGGCAGAGGUUAGUGGUUUGGGAGCCGGCUGACUGGCGGCCACUGACCCUCGAAGUGGACAAGCGCCUCCCUACUUCGGAAGAGGACUGGGACAGGGACCAUUUCCAAGGGACGCCAUCCACAUCCAUGGUCCAUUCUGGUGAACAAAGUCUUCCUCAAGCGCAAGUUCUUUAUUUUGACCUGGGCAUGCUCGGACAGAGGGUUGAUUGUUCGGGCUCAGAUAUGUCUUUCACGACAGCCCCCAUCUGCGCUUCUCUUAGAUUACGAUCCUCAGAUACAAUCAGGUGCAUGUACUGCACAAUUGUUCACCUAAAGAACCCUGAAGAUCCUGACAUUUCACCCCAGAAGCUGGUUUUGGGAGAUGGUUGCCAUUGA